AUCGUAAGACGGCUUUUGUUUUUGGGCCUGAGACUGUGUGCUCGACAUUGUUGCAAUAUCAGCCGUACGAAAUGCUUAUACAUCUUGGCUUUUUACCCGAAUACAUAGAAAUGAAGGUGAAAUUACACAAGAAAGCAUUCUGGGUUGUACUGUUGUAUCCUGAAUCAUUACCACAAUCUACUCCAAUUCUACCAGCAACCUGGGAUGGAGUUUUGAAAUUUGUCCAGAGUUCUUAUCCGGAUGCAUUCCAGAUAGUCAAACAACACCUCUACGUCAUGAAAAACAAUCCGGUGGAGUUUUUUGAAGCACAAGCUGGUUUAAAAUUCAUCGAUGUUCUUCAUGAUCCUGAAGGACCGAAUUUCAUGAGUUACUCAAGGUUUCGGAGACUUCCCCCUCCCCAGCUAGAGUGGGAGACGCGAUUGUUUCUGUAUUGUGAAGUUAGGAUUUUUGAGCUUUUUACCGGUAAUGGUUUUACGAAGACAGCAAACGGAUUGAAAGGGGAGAGGGAAUACAUAUGCGAAAACUAUGAUCUACAAAAACUUGGCGAAGGAAACUAUGUUGCAGUGCCACUUACUGUUCAUAUACCCUCUGCUGAGGGUGGAAACGAUGAUCAAUAAGAUCUCAUCUGAAUUUAAAUUGUACAGAUUUUUUUUUUUUUUAGUGUGCUGUGUUUAGUUUUUGUCAGUUGUGACAGUGAGCAAGUUUAGCGGCUCCAUACUUUCACCUCCUUGCUAUCAAUCACUCAAAUGUAUACUUCAGUUUAUAUGCAAUAUUCAAACUGAAGGUCUCACGCCCUCUGGACUUCAGGUUCUUGCCACUCACACCAUCCUGGCUAAAAUGCUGAAUCCACCAAUGACACUGCGGUUAAAUGGACAAGAACGGCUGGUCAAGAAGUGACUAAGAAUAAAACAGAAAGGUUGAAGGGUAAGAUAUUUCUACAUGCAGGUGUGUUGAAGGCCUUUCAAUCCCUGUAAUUAUAGCUGAUGAGAUGAAGCAACUGGUUGAUCUGGAUAGGGUAACCUAGUUAAAUUGAGUGAACUCCUUAUGACUAUUAUAUGUGAAAAUUUGGAAGAGGAUAAAACUUGAAGAAAUAAUAAGAAAAAUCAAAGAUUCAAAAAGAUGAUAGGUGAAAGCUGAAUUCAGACAGAAGCCUAGAAGUCACCCGAGAUGCUCGAUUCUCUCAGAAAUCAGCUCAGUAUCCCACACACUCUCACAAGCAAACAAAAAAUCUUAUGCAAAAUCUCCUAAAAACUUAUUAGUAUUUUUUUAUCCUUAAGUAAUGCCAUUCCAAUGUUUGUUGUAUAUAUCUCUAAAUUUUCUGGUAAUCAAUACUGAUUUUCCUAAUAUAUCUUUAACUUUUUGUAUAUAAGCCUACAGUACUAUUAAGAAUUAUUAACCUAGCAAAAUUAUUUUGAAUAAGAAAUAAUGUUAAUGCUAUUCUGUUUUAGUAGGGAAUUCAGGAUUUUUUUGCAGGAGGUGGGUAGGUAGGCAGGGGUGAUAGUCUGAGGGUGCAUGUUUGGGGUAUCCCCUUAUUAUUUUGGAGUUCCCGGACACCUCCAUAGUACUAGCCAUUUUAAACACUAAAGCUAAUGUUCAAAAUUAGCGCCACAAGUUCAACUGCUAGUAGGUAAGAGUUCUAUCCAAGCUUUCCGAAUCGUCCUACGAGUUUUUGCCGAGUUAGCAACUCGGCAAACUCUUGUAACUCGUAUGCUAAAAAAAAACCCUAGUGGGAGAGGGGCUUUAUCUACCUAAAUGAUUUUAUUACACUUGGAUUUUUUAGAUGUAACAUGGUUGGUAGGGGGGGGGGGGGUAAAUCUUCCAUUUUCAUCACCCCUAGUUCUGCCACUGCAAUGAAUGAGAAAUGCCUUAUCAAAACCAAAUGAAGGAAUUUCUAGAUGGAUCACAGCCUUAUCACGGAAAAAAAUUGGCAGUUACUCAGGAAAGUGUAGGAUGUAUGUCUCCCAUUCCCCCUUAUUUGAUACAAUUUAUUUCUUUCCUGUUACUAUAAUUUCUGCAAUGAUUCCACUAAUCACUGAUUCUGCAGUGUCAAGCUGUUUGAUUGGCUAGGUCACCUGACCAGCUCAGUCAGACAGACACAUCAAUAUGUCAAUAAUAUCAGAAACAAAAAUUAUAUCUCUAUAUUUCUCUACAAUUUAUUUAUUCAAUUAUCUAAAUACUUAAAAAUAAGAAAUAUAUUAAGUUAUAGGCUGAAGCAAGAUUAAAAAUUUGCUCAUUGUUAAUUACAUUUUUUUUUUUUUUUGGUUUCUUUAAAUAUUUUGGUGUAAUUUGUUAGUGUUUCUUUACCUAUUUGAAAAAAACAAGGCCAUUAAAAAAAAUGUUGAUUGUUUCUUCCUACUGGAGUAAAAAGAUUGACAUUAUUAUUAUUUUUUUGUUUUACAAUGAUGACCAGAAGGUAAAAAGGAACUUGUAGAAAUCUUCUUUCAACUAAGUUUGAAGCAAAGUAGAGCUGAGGUAGUUUGGGUUGAACUAUCCACUAUCAACUAAAUAUGAACCAAUAAGAUGUGACCACAGGGCAUUUGUACUAAUGUGUUUAAAACUUCCCUGCCCAUCUCCUUAAUAUUUUUUGAAAAAUUGUUCAACAGUUAUAUCUUUGCAUGGUUUAACAGAAUAAAUGUAUCAUAAAUUAGAAGUGCUCGCAUUAAUAAUUAUUGGACAAAUUAUUUUGACCUGCAGGUUUCACAAAACAAAUUUUGAUUUUAUUCUCCGAGGAAAAGUUGGUCAAGGCUAGCACAGUGGUGAUUCAAUGCUAUCUUUUACAGUUAAGUCCCUUCCAACAGUUUUUUGCCAAUUUGUUCAAGUUCCUCAAAUCAAAUUAAAUCCUUGCCAAUCAUUAAUUUUUCCCCUUGUCACUGUUCAUUUUCCAACUUGUUUCGUAAUAUCCACAUCCCAGUUGUAGCAUUUUCCUAUGGAGCCGUAGCGUACCAUCCGGCGCUGGAGAUCUCUCCAGACCACCUGCCUUUGCAAUUGUUGAGGUUCUUCCCAGCGUUACUCAUGCUCUGUUGUCCUGCAUCAAGUCUCAUUAUAUGGUUUUCCUGGUAACACGAGGGAGCUAUUACAGCAUUGCGCAGUCUUUCAAUACGGACUGUUUUCUGAUUUUAUUUCCUUAACAUCCAACAGCAAGUACACUUGCCACUUCCAGGAUGAGAAUCUGAACGAUGCUUUAUAUAAACAAAGUCUCUUUAUGAGGCCUAGGGAGUGGAGUUGUUUUAGUCGUGAGAAAAAUUCCUGCUGUGACAAGAAAUUGAACCUAGGAUCCUGGUAUUGGAAGGCAAGCAUCUUAACCACUGAGCUAUUAAACUCCACUUUUUAAUUUCAUACUGCAGUAAAGUGAUCAAUGUAACAAGAUUUUGGUGUGUCAACUUCUAUAGGCCAAACUUGCCCAGGGAUGGACUUUCACAGAUGAAAGUUCUAGACCACCUCAGCCCCACCAUGGUUAGGGCUGAGGUAAGAAAAUUUAUGAUUAUGGCAGGACUCUUAGACUUUAGUGUAAUUUUAUUUUUUUCUCCAUUUUAUUUAUAAUUCUGAAUAAAAUUGGGGGGGGGGGAGCAGGUGUGCUCGGGUUGACUGGGUCCCCCUUGAAUCCGCCACAGAGUGUACUUAAAUAAUAUUGUAGGACAUCCUUUUCUGAGUGACAACCAGAAUUUUAGAAAUUCAAUUUAAGUAUUUGGAAAAUACAAAGAGUAAUAUAUGAACAUAAUGCUGCCUUCCAACUACUUGUAUUUUUUGGUACAUUCUCAUACUCAAGUAAAGCUUCAAGAAGUCUCUAUUUAUUCAUGUAUUUCUACUGUGUGUUUGUGUGUUACUGACACAAUAUAUAGUGAAAUUGUAUUUUACAUUUCUUGUACCUAAAAUUGAAUAACCUACAACAAAUUAAUAUUUUAUAUUUGACCAGUAGACACAAAUUAAUAUUUCAUUUUCUCUUCAUGUACCAGGUUUAUGUAAAUAUACUUUAUAUUUUUGGUGUCAAAUUGACGAGCAAAAAAACCGCCUUGUUUAGUGCAAUGAGUAUAUUAUAAGUACCGCUUUCAUAGCUUAACCCCAAAUUGUGUGAUAUAGUAGAUUAUUAUAGUGCAGUAUAAUGUUUUAUUCAUAUUUUAUAGUGAUAAAUUAAAGGCAUAAAUAAAUGUUACCUGCAAACUGCAGGCAAAAUAAUUGA